GUGUUCUCCCUGGCAGAAUGGGGUCAGUGCCACCCCCACUCUCCCGGGGUGACAGGGACAGCUCCAGGUCCUGCUCCAAGACCCCUCCUGCUGCUGGCACGAGUGGCUCAUUCCCUGUUUUUAACUCCCUCGGGCCGCCCAGCUCCUUGCUCGAUGACUGGGUUUGUUUUUUUUUCCUGUUUUCCACUCUGGUUUUUCCUUUCUGGAUGCCUCCCCCUGCCUCUCCCAGGCUUUUUUGUCCCGCUGUGUGACACAGCAGAUGACAAGAGCCCGUCCCGACCUCCUGCGUCAGGGCACAGGCAGCGUAUGGGGCUGGAGGCGUGUGAAUAUCCCGGCACGGGGACGAGGGGGGUUUUGCAUUACAGCCCUGAAAGCUCGGCUGGCUGGGAGCUGUAAACAGCUCGGGCAGAUUUCCUGAGUCGGCAAUCCCGCCGGAGCCUCGCCUCCAUCCCUGCGCGCCGGGAGCGCUCCGGGAUCGCUCCGGGAUCGCUCUGGGAGCGCUCCGGGAACGCUCCGGGAUCGCCCCGGGAACACUCUUGGGAUGCGGGGCCAGCCCUGACGGGGUCUGCAGGAAGCUUCUCCCCCUCGUCCCUCCCUGCUGCUCCCCCCAAAACUUCCCUGCCAUCCGUCACCGCCUUCCCGAGCCGGGAGCUGUGCCAUGGCAGCCGGCAGUGCCCGGGCAGCGCUGCCAGCCCUGGGGACACGGCGGGGACACGGCCAGGCAGCCCACACCGACUAGCCCCGGGCCACCCCAGCGCUGCCCGCCAUGGAGCUGGACAAGGGCGACGUGAGCACCCUGAACCUUCCCCCGGGCGCCGGGCACGGCGACGCCGACGGCCCCGUGUGCCUGGACGUGCCCGAUGGCACCCCCGACCCUCACCGCACCAAAGCCGCCAUCGAGCACCUGCACCAGAAGAUCCUCAAGAUCACGGAGCAGAUCAAGAUCGAGCAGGAGGCGCGGGAUGACAACGUGGCCGAGUACCUGAAGCUGGCCAACAACGCCGACAAGCAGCAGGCGUCGCGCAUCAAGCAGGUGUUCGAGAAGAAGAACCAGAAGUCGGCGCAGACCAUCGCGCAGCUGCACAAGAAGUUGGAGCACUACCACAAGAAGCUGAAGGAGAUCGAGCAGAACGGCCCCUCCCGCCAGCCCAAGGAUGUUUUCCGGGACAUGCAGCAAGGGCUGAAGGACGUGGGCGCCAACGUCCGCUCCAGCAUCAGCGGCUUCAGCGGGGGCGUGGUGGAAGGGGUGAAGGGGGGGCUCUCGGGGCUGUCCCAGGCCACGCACACAGCCGUGGUGUCCAAGCCGCGGGAGUUCGCCAGCCUGAUCCGCAACAAGUUCGGCAGCGCCGACAACAUCGCCCACCUGAAGGACACGCUGGACGACGGGCACCCCGAGGAGGCGUCGCGGGCGCUGAGCGGCAGCGCCACGCUGGUGUCCAGCCCCAAGUACGGCAGUGACGACGAGUGCUCCAGCGCCACCUCGGGCUCCGCCGCCGGCAGCAACUCCGGGGCCGGCCCCGGCGGCCUGGGGAGCCCCAAGUCCAACACGCUGGACAGCCACCACAACAACUUCGACACCAUCCUGGAGGAGCUGCGGGAGAUCAAGGACAGCCAGUCCCACCUGGAGGACUCCAUGGAGGACCUCAAGGCCCAGCUGCAGCGGGAUUACACCUACAUGACCCAGUGCUUGCAGGAGGAGCGCUACAGGUACGAGCGCCUGGAGGAGCAGCUGAAUGACCUGACGGAGCUGCACCAGAACGAGAUGACCAACCUGAAGCAGGAGCUGGCCAGCAUGGAGGAGAAGGUGGCCUACCAGUCCUACGAGAGGGCACGGGACAUCCAGGAGGCCGUGGAGUCGUGCCUGACGCGGGUGACCAAGCUGGAGCUGCAGCAGCAGCAGCAGCAGGUGGUGCAGCUGGAGGGGGUGGAGAACGCCAACGCCCGGGCGCUGCUGGGCAAGUUCAUCAACGUCAUCCUGGCCCUCAUGGCCGUGCUGCUCGUCUUCGUCUCCACCAUCGCCAACUUCAUCACGCCGCUCAUGAAGACCCGCAUGCGCAUCCUCAGCACCGCCCUGCUCGUCCUCUUCCUCCUCUUCCUCUGGAAGCACUGGGACUCCAUCAGCUACUUCCUGGAGCACGUUCUGCUCCCCAGCUGAUCCGCCAGCCCGGCCGCUGUCGUUUUCCCCACGAGGAGAGGGACGGGGGGGAUGAGGGUCCAAAGCCUUCCCCGCACGCUCGGUUCGGCUGAUUUCCCGGCCCUCCGCGGAUCUGGGAUCCCUCUGGGAUGUUUGGGAAGGGUGGGAUGGGGAGCGAGGAGGUUUUUUGGAAGGCACCGGUGAUUUUUGGCUUUUUCUAAGGGGUUUUGGGUGGUUUUUGAAAGGUCAUCCUGAAGUCCCCCGGGAGGAAAUCUUCUCCAGGGGGGUUCUUCAUUUGGUGGGAAGGAUUGAGCUGGACCAAACCUGGCUCUGGGAGAACUUCCAGCAUGGAGAGGAGAGAGGUUCAUUGGGGCAGGAUUUUCCCUUUCAGCCUUGACAAACCCAGGUGGCAAAAAAAAAAACAAAACAAAACCCUGGGACGGAGCGAAAGCAAAGCAGGUGGAGAUGGAGGAAGCAGGGCCAAGACAAA